AAACGAAAGCCCUAACUAGAGGAAUGAGCUCUGGUGUGGUCCAGUUUGGGUUCAACCGUCGUCUUACCUGAUCCUGAAAGAACAACUAACAGAUGUGUUUCUGCAGGAAGUUCAGUUCUGAGCUUCAGUUUCAGAACUUGGGUUUUAUUGUAAAAGAACUCUGAGAUUGUUCAUCAUGAGCUCAUCGUGUUUUGGAGUUACCGGAUUUUGCCUGCUGCUUGGACUUCUAUCCGGAGGUUCCAGAGUUUGGGCAGAGGAAAUACCGCCUCGCAUAGUCCACCAACCAUCUGAUGUGGUGGUGAAAGUCGGCCAAACUGCCACCCUAUUCUGUCGGGCAGAAGGCAGCCCGAAGCCAACUGUUGAAUGGUUACGUAACGGACAGCCUCUGGAGACAGCAAAGGCAGAAGGCCAGCUUCAGCCCAUGGUUCUGUCAGAGGGGAGUCUCUUCUUUUGGAAUGCAGGAGGCGGCCGGCAUGGUCCGUCACAUGAGGGUGUCUACACUUGUGUUGCCAGGAACUCUGUUGGUGUGGUCAUCAGCCAGAAUGCAUCGAUUCAUUUAGCAGUGCUGCGGGAUGAGUUUGAUGUGCAACCCAGUGAUGUGGUGGUGGCUGAGGGGGAGGUUGCAGUUUUCAACUGUGUUCCCCCAAAGGGACACCCAGAACCUGAUGUUAUCUGGAAGAAGGAUGGUGUGCCCAUCAACAACACUGAUCAUCACUUCACAGAGCUGAGUGGGAAGCUCGUUAUCGCACCUACAGAGAAGAACCAGUCUGGUUCGUACAUCUGUGUGGCCAGGAACGUUGUGGGGGUGAGAGAGAGCAGAGCAGCUCGGCUCUCAGUGUUGGCCAAGCCAGUGUUGGUGCUAAAGCCAGAAAAUGUGUCAGUGAGGAAAGGAGAUUCUGCUCACUUCCACUGCAAAGCUACAGGUGACCCUCCACCAGUUGUCUUCUGGAGCAGAGAGAGGGGAACGCUUCCCUAUGGCAGGUAUGUGGUAAACUCAGACCAGAGUCUGCAGCUCCAUUAUGUGAUGGUCGAGGAUACUGGAAGGUACAUUUGCAAUGCUGUCAGUGAGGCUGGCGUUGCCAUGGCCAGUGCACAGCUUCAAGUAGAAGAGGCUGGCGUCAAUAAACAUAAAGACUUCCACAAAGAGCUGUCAGCACUGCGAGUGUCUCUAGAGAAUGUGUCUAUCGUGGCUGUUGGAUCCAACAUGUCUCUGGUACAGUGGAAGCUUCAGACGCUCCAAACCCAACCACAUCACCUCGAUGGCUUUGAGGUUUUGUAUCGCUCUUUGCUGCCUAUCAACUCAGACUGGGCCGCAAAGAAAGUGGCACUUCCCAGCUUCCAGGCAGAGAUCGGUCCACUGAAAAGGGGUUACAAGUACGCGUUCAAAGUUCGACCGUAUGGCAGCAGCUUGUAUGGAAGGGAGAGCAACACUCUGCAACAACUAGUUCCUGAGAAAGUUCCAAGUGCCCCUCCACUGGCUGUCUCCAUCAGAGUGAACCACGAGAAGAAUGACAGCAUGCAUUUGAGCUGGGAGCCUCCUCCUCAUGAUGCCCAUAAUGGGAUCCUACAGGGUUACCAGGUGUGGUGUGUGGAUUCUGAUGACCAGCAAAACAAUAACUGGACAAUUGGCAGUAAUCAACACAACCUGGAAAUCUCUAAUCUGAAACCAAUGACCCAAUACUGGAUCACCAUUGCUGCUGUGAAUGGAGCUGGCGUGGGUGUUGCGAGCGACCCUCGUGGAUUCAUCAUCAACCCACAGCUAAGGAUCCUCCCAGAUGCUGACAGCCACGCUCAAAAUCUGUCUUCUGCAUUGGACCAGCUUCAGAACCCAGCAGUCAUUGGCAGCUUUGGCGCCAUGUUGUGGUGUGUUCUGGUGGUUGCAGCUAUUUUCCUGUUAAAACGCUGUAGCAAUAUUGGUUCUCUAGUACCUAAACCCAACAGAGCUAAAGGUCUGAGCAGACUGAAAGGUGAGGACUUCAUCAUAAAACACAGGAUGGCUACUCCAGAGUCUCCAUGGAUUUCUGACAGCUGGAAUGUUUCUUUCAACAAGAGGCAACAGGACUUGUGGGCACAGAGUCAAAAUCCUCAUGUCAGCAGCACUAGCCUUCCCUUCUCAUCUCAGAAGGACAGCAGUGUCCAUGGUUUUUCCAUCCCAGUUGGGCCUGACAGCUGUAGUGUCUAUGGAACUUUUUAUGUGGACCCGAUGAGCAGUGGGAUGAAGACCUUCAGCCGUCCUGGACACUGCUCUGUAAUACCUCAUGGUUUGCCUCAUCAAGAAGGAACUGAGACCAUUCGGAUCUUCACCCCACCUGUUUCAAAGUCCCCGACCUGCAGAAGCUGUGAGGCUCUACCCUGGAAACAAGCCAUACGUCCUCAGCCAAAGAUGGGAAUACUUAGAGAGUCCUUGGGGAAGAGGGACUGUGGCAAGCGAGAGUUACAUGCAGUGAGCAGUGUUCCUGUUCCAUUCUCCUUGGCCAAAACCAAUUCCCCAGCUGCUUUCAAGCAAAGAUUCAGUCACAUGCCAGCAGGAUGCCAUGGCGGAUGUCCAGAUUGUGGUGAUGCUGCUGUUAGUUCUCGCUCGCUGCAUUACUCUGCAUCAUUGCACUUAGUGGACAACUCACCUCCACCAACAAAUCCUACAGAAGACUCUACAGACAGAAACAUGUUCUCCUCAGAUGGAAGCCAAUCCACCAAGCUAACAGAAGACACAAGCUCAUUCCAUUCAGUACCUCCAUCAUCAGGACACUAUGGGCAGCUUGGAUCUUACAGCCUAUCCCCAGCAUCAUGCUUCAUGCUGCUGGACAAUGAGCAGGAUGACACUGACCACACUCUGACCUCCCAGGAGGCCACACAUUACCUGGAGCUCAGUUCCACACCUGAUAGGAGCAGCCUCUGUGAUCCGAUCCGGUCAGCUGAACUGGAGGAUGACAGCGCUGAGCCUCGAACAGUCAUGCUUCGUCAUCCCUGCCUUCAGAGCUCACCCACAUCUUGUUGCAGUGACUGGGAGGGCUCUCUGUGGAACACCUGGAGCUCGGUCAUGGACAACAGGCUGGACAGUACCCGCACCAGCCUCAUCAGCUCUGUGGACAGCUGCUACACCAGUGACAGCGCCACAUUUGCUCGUCUGCUGGCUGUGGCGGCUCACACCAUUACUGGAGUUUCUCUAAACGACUUGUCUCUACCUGCUUCGCCUUUGAGCACCUUGGACCCAUCAUUUUGUGCAGGCCAUGGUGCAUUUGGGGACCUGGAGCCCAUUCCUGCAUGGGACUGGAGCAGACUCUGGAUGGAAGAAAUGGAUGCCCAGUACAAAGUCAGCUAUCCUGCCAGAAACACCCAAUCCUUGGACACUUAAAGGUUCUGCUGGGACUGGGGCCGAACUGCACAGAUUACCUUUCAGACAGAUGUGUCAAGGUCCAGGCCCAAGAUGAACCACAUUAAGCUCUGUAUAUCUGGAACACAAGAACUCAUUAUUUGGAUUUUAACCAGCCAGCAAGUGCCCAGCACAGAAAACAGAAAAGCUAAAUUCCCAGAAUGCACUGAAAUAGUCACACCUCUCCAACCUUACCCGCUCAGUUAACCAGUGGAGUUGUCCAGAAAGGGAGACAUCGGCUUUUUGUGCUUUCGGGCAUUCUGAUGAAUGAUUUGUUCUCUAAAACCUGAACAUAACUUUCCACAGAGGAGAAGCAGAUAAUUUCCCUUCAGAUAAACCUACAGGUCCUUCUGACUGUCACGCCUGUCCUGUCUCCCUACUCUGUUCAAUCCUGUGUCUCCUGAUUACUCCCACCUGCCUCUCGUUUUCCAAUCACCCAAGCUCCAAGCCCUCAUGUAUUUAAACCCUCUCAGUUCUGUGUGUCUUGUCGGUUCUUUGUUUUGUUGUCCUGCGUGUUUUAUUAAAACCCUUUUGAAUGUC